AUGGAACCAGAAGGUAAUCAAGUGGCAUUGAAAAUAGGCUUAAUUGGAGAUUCCCAGAUCGGGAAAACAUCCCUAAUGGUCAAAUACGUCGAAGGAACAUUUGAUGAUGAUUACAUCCAAACCCUUGGAGUCAAUUUUAUGGACAAAAAGAUCCGGAUCAAGAACACCGUCAUAACGUUCUCCAUCUGGGAUUUGGGGGGACAGAAGGAAUUCAUCAAUAUGUUACCUUUGGUGUCGAAUGAUGCCAUUGCCAUAUUAUUCAUGUUUGAUUUGACGAGGAAAUCCACGUUAAAUUCCAUCAAGGAAUGGUACCGACAAGUUAGAGGGUUCAACAAGACCGCCAUACCGUUCUUAGUGGGGACAAAGUAUGAUGAAUUCAUUGAUAUGUCCAAUCAGGAUCAAUUGGAAAUUACUCAACAGGCAAAGAAGUUCGCUAGUGCCAUGAAGAGUCCGGUGGUGUUCUGUUCCACUAGUCAUAGCAUUAACGUACAGAAGAUAUUCAAGAUUAUAUUGUCGAAGGCGUUUGAUUUGAAAUUGAAUUUGGACGAGAUCCAUAAUGUGGGGGAGCCUAUUUUGAUCUAUAAGCAGUAG